AUGGCUUCUCACAAGUCUGCAGAGGUUCAUGCCAGGGAGGACCGAGGUGGCUACCAUGGCCAAAGCCACGACUACAACUUAGUAGAAAAGAACGCAACGACAGCGGACGUGCAGGACAUGCAACGUAUGGGGAAGACACAAGAGACACGGCGAAACUUCCGUUCCUUUACUAUCUUGGGAUUCUGCAUAGUUCUCCUAUCGACAUGGGAGGCCAUCCUGGCUACAUCUGUCUUUGCGCUGUCGAACGGUGGAACUGCCGGCCUGAUCUGGGGGUAUCUCAUCGUCAUGGUUGGAUUUGGUUUUGUGGUCGCCUCUCUCGCUGAAAUGGCAUCUAUGGCGCCCACGUCUGGCGGCCAAUACCACUGGGUAUCCGAGUUUGCGCCGCCCAGCUGCCAGAGAUUUCUUAGCUAUCUGGUAGGCUGGCUAGGUGUCCUAGGCUGGCAGACAGCAGCAGCAACCGUCUCGUAUCUGGCUGGUAAGCAAAUUCAAGGUCUCAUCAUCUUGAAUGACCCGUCAUACAACCCAAAAGCUUGGCAUGGCACACUACUUAUCUGGGCUAUUCUGGCUGUAUGCCUGAUCUUCAACACAUUUCUCUCUAGAUAUCUUCCACUUGUGGAGGGCGGGGUUGUCAUACUACACGUCGUUGGGUUCUUCGCUGUCAUCAUACCACUUUGGGUCAUGAGCGACCGGACGCACUCGUCGAGCGAGGUUUUCUCGGUCUUCCAGGAUAACAUGAUGUGGGGAAAUCUCCCGUUCGCAGUCAUUCUUGGCCUUACAAGUGCUACUAGCACAUUCGUUGGUGUCGAAGCUGGUGCUCACAUGGCAGAAGAAGUACGUGACGCUGCUCAUGUCAUUCCUCGCGCCAUGAUGUGGACUUGGCUUGGAAACGGGCUUCUUGGAUGGGUCAUGGCCAUCACCUUCUGCUUUUGUGUAACCGACACUAUCUCGGUCCUUACUACGCCGCUUGGAACGCCCUUCAUUCAGGUAUUCGUGGACACAACGAAGUCGGUAGGGGGCGCAACUGCACUUACAGUCUUGAUGUUGGUUAUCGCUAUCUUCGCAUGCGCUGCGGUUGUGGCUGCAAGCUCGCGUCAGGUGUUCGCUUUCGCCCGCGAUGACGGUAUCCCGUUUGGUCAAGUUUUUAGCAAGGUCUCGCCUAAGCGGGAAGUACCAGUUAAUUCUGCCUACAUAACGCUGGUGUUCGUUGUUAUUCUCUCGUUCAUCAACCUUGGCUCCACUGUCGCAUUCAUGCAGGUCGUCUCCCUCGGUGUCGCUUCAAUGCUGACCUCGUACAUGAUCUCGAUCUCAUGUAUCGCAUUGAAACGUAUACGCGGCGAACCGCUCUUGUCAUCCAAGUUCGAUCUGGGAAGGCUAGGACUGCCGAUCAACAUCAUUGCUGUCCUCUUUCUGCUCUUUGCUUGGAUAUUUUGCUUCUUCCCUGUUGGACCCCAACCGGCGGUAGCAGACAUGAACUGGGCCGUCUUGGGAUAUGGUAUAGUCGUCUUGUUCGCAAUCUUCUACUAUGUUCUUCGUGUAAUGAUAACGUCAAGUGUUGCCGCUCAGAGUCUGUCGUCUACUAUUGUUGAUAAUCUGCAGGCUCGCCAGUUGGAAUGGAGCGAACCGGUGUGGAGCGAGCCAGCGUGGACACAACCUGCAUGGUCCGACUCUGCUAUUGUGCCUGUGCCAACGGAGCCAGUCUCGACGCCUUCCACGUUUCUCGCCCAUAGCCAGGUAUCCACGCCUACACACACAUCAACGUCCGACUGGAUAGAUACGCAUCGCCCGGAUCCCAGCGAGAGCAAGACCGGUUUGAUAGCUUUUGCCAGUAUCCUGGGCGGAAUCGUAGGCUUAGCUUUCGUCUUGUUUCUUAUUACCUUAGUUCGGAAGUGUCUUCACGGGCGCGUCCCUGCGCUACGCGCAAAGAACGCAUCAGAUGUCGAAGUGAAAGCUAGUCUUGAUCGCAACUGGCAAGCGCCAGCGCUCGAUACACCGCCUGGAUUAGUCGAAACCCCUCGCACAGCAUCCAGCGGUGGCAUGCGCACUAUACCACGUCAAAGCGAAGAUGUCACUGACAUGCCACGUCUGGCUAGGCAGCUUGAUGAUUUGACGCAUGGCCCGCGUCGCUCACGUUCACCCUAUCAGAACAACAUCCCUCCUCAGGAAACGCAUUGGCCGUAA